GCGGGGCGCGGAGCCGGCCGUCUCGGAGGCCGUGGUGCGUCUCAGCGCUGCCGAAGGUCCUUCGGCUGCCCGACUCCUCGGCCGCGCGGCUGCCAGGCCCAGAGGCGGAGGGAACGCGAGGGGGCACCACGAGCGGCGGCGCGCCGCCUCCCCCAGGUGGAAGCGGUGGUUGGGCCCAGCUGCGGCGGAGCGUUUGCUCGGAGAUGGCGGAGCCGCCGCGACGCGGCCCGAGGCCCCGAGAGCUGGGAAGCCGGGCAGCCCCGGGACGUGGCGGAGCCCGGGGACAGCGGGGACGCCGCCCAGUCCGCCGGGUACGAAGCUAAAAUGCAGUGGUUAAGAGCAGGGCUAUGGAGCUUGACAGGCCUGACUUUGAAUCCCAGUUCCUUCACUGACUGAGCUGUGUGAUCCUGGGCAAAUUACUAAGCUUCUCUGGACGCCAAAUUACUCAUAUGAGCUUUUUUUUGGAGAACAAAUCAUCCUGUGAGCAGGAGAUAGUGAGGGCAAAGAUUGUGAACUUUGCUGACCUCUGACGUGAGGAGCUCAGCUAGGACUGAAGGUGGAGCCUGGCUAGAUUUGCAUCCUGAAGCCAUGGGCCAGUGGGCCAUGGUGACCUGAGACCAAUGGACUCUGUCCACUUGCCCCCUGUUGCCCUGUCUACCUCCCCUACCCUAUUCUAAGGGGACUAGUCUCCACCUCUUCAGGGAACUGACCUUGCAGGAAUCCCUUUCCCCUAUUUUUCCAUCCUUCCACUCUCCCAAGAGAGCCCCAGCCUAUAGAACUCCUACUUCCCAUCCCCUGAGGUGGUCCCCGUUCCUCCGUCCGCUCCCCCGCCAUGCUCAAGCUGUGGAAGGUGGUACGCCCAGCUCGGCAGCUGGAACUGCACCGCCUCAUACUGCUGCUGAUCGCUUUCAGUCUGGGCUCCAUGGGCUUCCUGGCUUACUAUGUAUCUACCAGCCCCAAGGCCAAGGAACCCUUGCCCCUGCCCUUGGGAGACUGUAGUAGUAGUGGUGGGGCAGCUGGCCCUGGCCCUGUACGGCCUCCACUCCCACCCCGGCCCCCGAGGCCUCCAGAGACAGCUCGAACGGAACCUGUGGUCCUUGUGUUUGUGGAGAGUGCAUACUCACAGCUGGGGCAGGAGAUUGUGGCCAUCUUGGAGUCUAGUCGUUUUCGUUACAGCACUGAGCUGGCACCUGGCCGAGGGGACAUGCCUACACUGACUGAUCAUACCCGUGGCCGCUACGUCUUGGUCAUUUAUGAGAACUUGCUGAAAUAUGUCAACCUGGAUGCCUGGAGUCGGGAACUGCUAGACCGGUACUGUGUGGAGUAUGGUGUGGGCAUCAUUGGCUUUUUCCGAGCACAUGAGCAUAGCCUACUGAGUGCCCAGCUCAAGGGCUUUCCCCUUUUUCUACACUCAAAUUUGGGGCUCCAGGACUACCAAGUGAAUCCUUCUGCCCCGCUACUGCAUCUCACACGCCCCAGCCGCCUGGAGCCUGGGCCCCUGCCUGGUGAUGACUGGACCAUUUUCCAGUCCAAUCAUAGUACAUAUGAACCAGUGCUUCUUGCUAGCCUUCGGCCAGCUGAGCCCCCCAUGCCAGGAGUGGUGCCUCGCCGGGCCCACCUUCCCACUGUGGUACAGGACCUGGGGCUUCAUGAUGGCAUCCAGCGAGUGCUCUUUGGCCAUGGCCUCUCCUUCUGGCUUCACAAACUUGUUUUUGUCGAUGCUGUUGCAUACCUCACUGGCAAGCGCCUCUGCCUGGACCUUGACCGCUACAUCUUGGUAGACAUCGAUGACAUCUUUGUGGGCAAGGAAGGUACCCGCAUGAAGGUGGCUGAUGUUGAGGCUCUGUUGACCACCCAGAACAAACUCAGGACCUUAGUCCCCAACUUCACCUUCAACUUGGGCUUCUCGGGCAAGUUCUAUCAUACUGGGACAGAGGAGGAGGAUGCAGGGGACGACAUGCUGCUGAAGCACCGCAAAGAGUUCUGGUGGUUCCCCCACAUGUGGAGCCACAUGCAGCCACACCUGUUCCACAAUCGCUCCGUGCUGGCUGACCAGAUGAGGCUCAACAAACAGUUUGCUCUGGAGCAUGGGAUUCCCACGGAUCUGGGGUAUGCUGUGGCCCCCCACCACUCGGGCGUGUACCCUAUCCACACGCAGCUCUAUGAGGCCUGGAAAUCUGUGUGGGGCAUCCAGGUGACCAGCACUGAGGAGUAUCCCCAUCUCCGCCCUGCCCGCUACCGCCGUGGCUUCAUUCACAAUGGCAUUAUGGUGCUGCCACGGCAGACAUGUGGCCUCUUCACUCACACAAUCUUCUAUAAUGAGUACCCUGGAGGCUCUCGUGAACUAGACCGGAGCAUCCAAGGUGGAGAGCUCUUUCUGACGGUGCUGCUUAAUCCGAUUAGCAUCUUUAUGACGCAUCUGUCCAAUUAUGGAAAUGAUCGCCUGGGCCUGUACACCUUUGAGAGCCUGGUGCGCUUCCUCCAGUGCUGGACACGGCUGCGUCUACAGACCCUUCCUCCAGUCCCUCUUGCACAAAAGUACUUUGACCUCUUCCCUCAAGAGCGAAGCCCCCUUUGGCAGAAUCCCUGUGACGACAAGAGACACAAAGAUAUAUGGUCCAAGGAGAAAACCUGUGAUCGGCUCCCCAAGUUCCUCAUUGUGGGACCCCAGAAGACAGGGACCACAGCUAUUCACUUCUUCCUGAGCCUGCACCCAGCUGUGACCAGCAGCUUCCCCAGUCCCAGCACCUUUGAGGAGAUUCAGUUCUUCAACGGCCCUAAUUACCACAAGGGCAUUGACUGGUACAUGGACUUCUUUCCUGUCCCUUCCAAUGCCAGCACUGAUUUCCUCUUUGAAAAAAGUGCUACCUACUUUGAUUCAGAGGUUGUACCACGGCGGGGGGCUGCCCUCCUGCCACGAGCUAAAAUCAUCACUGUGCUCACCAACCCUGCUGACAGGGCCUACUCCUGGUACCAGCACCAGCGAGCACAUGGAGACCCAGUUGCUCUGAACUAUACCUUCUACCAGGUGAUUUCAGCCUCUUCCCAGGCCCCUCUGGCACUUCGCUCCCUGCAGAACCGCUGUCUUGUCCCUGGCUACUAUUCCACCCAUCUACAACGCUGGCUGACUUACUACCCCUCUGGACAGUUGCUGAUUGUGGAUGGGCAAGAGCUGCGUACCAACCCAGCUGCCUCAAUGGAGAAUAUCCAGAAGUUCCUGGGUAUCACACCCUUUCUGAACUACACACGGACCCUCAGGUUUGAUGAAGAUAAGGGAUUCUGGUGCCAGGGACUUGAAGGCGGUAAGACUCGCUGUCUAGGCAAGAGCAAAGGCCGGAGGUACCCAGAUAUGGACACUGAGUCCCGCCUUUUCCUUGUGGAUUUUUUCCGGAACCACAACUUGGAACUGUCGAAGCUGCUGAGCCGGCUUGGACAGCCAAUGCCCUCAUGGCUUCGGGAAGAACUGCAGCAUUCCAGUCUGGGCUGAUGUUCCAGCAUCCUGUACCAGCAAAAAGCCCCUGCUUCCCUGAGGCACAAGCCCAGAGCAGGGCCCACAAGGGGUAUGAGAGUGGCCUGGCCCCUCCCCCUUCUACCUCAGUGGCCCCCAGGCCUGGGAUGGCUAAGAAGGGAAGGGCAUCCCUUUCCCAUAGCUAUGGGGUCUAAUAAAGGGGCUUCCCUUGAUACCCCACAUCAUGGUACUAGGCACCUUCAACCCAUGGUCUUAGAAGGUGGGAAGGAAUGAGAGGGUCCAGGCAGGGUGUAGAGGAACGUCUUAAUCCAAUGAUUUCCCUCUUCAUCCCCAGCAGUGUAUGUAUUUAUACCUGACUAUGGGAGGGACCCCUUACUGUGGGAUCAAUGGGAUCUACCUGUGGCCUGGCCUCCCUAUGUCAUUCACAUUGAAUGGGGAUGAGGUCGGACAGUGGCUCAUAGAGCUGAGUAUGAGCCCUAGCUGUGGGCUAGAAAUGUCCUUAAUAAACAUCCUUAUUUUUCUGUUU